CGUACAGCCAGUCAACUUCAGUUCGUUUCCCACUUCGGUACCAAACACUCGAUUUUGUGUCCGCUCCAUCGGCAAUUACUUACCCAAAAAAAAAAACCGACAAAAAAUAGACAAAGGGUAGUACAAAUUUGAAAAACUCAAAGAAAGUCAAGAUGUGUGGUGGCUGGGCCUGUUGUUCGUAUAACCUCGCCUGUUGCAAUCCGCGCCUGUCAACCCUGCGAUUCACAGGGCGCUGUUUCGCACCCACGCCCUGCGGUCCAGGUGACGACUGCUCCGUCUACGGCUGCUGCGGCGGCUGCUGCGGCUGCUAGGUCAGCUCAUCCGAUCUGGAGAGGUCACACAAUCGAGUGGAGGGGUUCCGCUUUCCCAAAGUAGGCCCUGAAAAAUUCAGACUGUCAGCCAAGAAACAAACACCAUUCAGUCCUUGUCCAAUCGUUGUCGGAACAACAUCUAACACCUAACA